UCUCUCUCGCUCUCUCUCUCUCUCUCUCUCUCUCUUUUCAAUCAUUUCUCUGCUCCGUUUCUUCACUUUUGCAGAGCUAUCCAAGAAAUUAGGGUUUUCAAUCCUGCUCCCACUGACGUUGAAGAUCGCUUUCCGAGAUUUUUUGUGGGGGUAUUAAUUUCAAGUGCUUUGUCAAUUACCAAGCAGCAAAUUAAGCUAAUGAAGUCGGGAUCUUCCUCUUUAAAUCCGUAUGCGGCAUCAUAUGUACCACUUUCUAAAAGAGUAGCGGAUCAUAGAGGCGGUGCUUUUGAAGGAACGUUGGGAGACUUUAAGACCCCCAAUGUGACUGUCUUCUCUGAACCUCUUGUGCAAUUUGAUCAAGGUCAGGACAGAGGGAGAGCAGCUAUCCACCCAAAUUUCCAUGAGACUACAAAUCUUCCAGCCGUAGAGUCUUUCUCUUCAAAGAGCCACUCUGCGCAUGGUUCAACUUCAAGGCAACCAAUUAAUUUUCCAGACAAGCAGGUGCCUGAUGAGGAAUUGGAAAUGGACCUAGAGUAUCUUCAGAUGCAAUUUCCUGGACUAUCUGAUCAAUCCAUUGCUGACGUCUAUCUGGCAAAUAAGGGAGAUCUAGAUGCAACUAUUGACAUGCUGAGCCAGCUUGAGUUCAACCCUGAUGACUUUCCUGAAAAUCUACCAGAAACUCUUGACAUUGGUGAUGUCGCAGUACCUAGUUCUGUUGCGGAGUCUGGAUAUGUGAAAUUGAAGAGUGUGAAGAGUGAGGCAACUGCUUCAUCAUCUGGCUGAUCUGAACCAACCUACUACUCUACAUGAUUGAGUCGGAAAAAUUAACUGUGCUUUCUCCCCUUCUACAUAUUUGUUGUUCUAGAAGGGGUCAACCCUAAAGCAGGGUAAGGUGCAGCAUUGUAUAGUUGUCGACGGUCUGUUCAUAGGCAAUGUUCUCCAUGCUCACCGCAUUUGUUUGUUUCGAGUUUCAAGAGCCAUCGUUGCUCGGAUCUGCAAAAUCUUUAGCUCUUUAAAACCGAAUUGGUGUUUGCAAUGACGAUUAUGAGUUUGUGAUCAGAUUCUGAAAGUGACGCGCAAGUCGUCUAGAGAGAGCUGCUGGUUUUUGUA